GGUGGAUAAAAAGUAAAUUAAUUAAAGCAAAUAAUACUACUGCAAUUUUCAAGAUACUAAUUAAUAUAAGUAAUAACGCAAUAUAAAAAACAAUAACUAAGGUUAUUUAUUUUAAAUAAGUAUACAUAGGAGACAUCAAAAAAGAAGCAAUAAAUUGUUUUACAUAAUAGCUUUGCAUUUAAAUUUAAGAGCUAAAUGUCGUAAGAGCAAACAGUUUUAGAGUCCAAUGCAAUUUAAUCUUUGUAAGAGUUAUAUUCAGACGAUGGCGAAGAAAGUUAUGUUGAUGAUAAUUUAAAGGUCAAGAGUCCAGCCUUUUCAGGAUGGGACUCUCCCCACAAGAAUCAUUUAUAAUUUUAUAGUGAGUAAGCUGAAAGGAGUAAAAGCAACAAGAGAGCUUUUGAGUCUCCUGUUAAAGCAAAAAGUACACUUUCUCACUUAAGUGAAAACCUAUAAAGAUAUCAUUUUUAGGCCUUUCACUUAAAAAAAGAGAGUGUUACAGAUGAAAAAUAGGAAGCAAGUUUGAACAAAAACUAAGAAUAAAUUCUUUCAUAUCAAAAUAGAAAAAUAUAGUUCUAAAGAAAUAAAUUUAACAGAUACACUGUAACUGAAGGCAUGAAAUAAGAAGAGGAAGAAAAGUAUGAAGAAAUAAUUUAAUAGAACGGUUUAGAACCUUUUGAUUACUAUACAGACAGUGUUAGUUAAAAUACUUUCAAAAAGUAAGCAAAAUUUUAGGAUAGCUAAUAUCAAGAUUAGCAUUUGUCCAAGACAAGCAAAUCAUUUAGCAUAUAUACCGAAUAAAAUCUUACAUGCGAUUCAGUUUAGACAGAAUAAAGUUCAAGAUAUAACUAUCGCAGAAAUUCAAGAUAGAAUUUUUGUAGCAGUAAAUUGUAGGAGCAUAGAUAAUAAGCAAAUUUAUCAGUAAAUAAUAUUAAUCUCUACUAAAUUGAAGAAACAGCACAUCCUAACAAAGAUUAUAAGUCUUCCUUUAGGACCAUAUGGAAAAGGCAAGAAAAACUAAGUAAAUCAUAGAGCAGGAAAGGCUCCUUGGAGUAAAUUUCUGAAAAGAAUCUACCUUGCUCAUAUUAAUCUCGCUUAGAAACAGAAUCUUGCCAAUAAAUUAAUCAAAGUAUAGAACACAUUGACCCAUCUCAAUUGAAAGAGAAUUUGGCAGAAGAAGAGAAAGAAUUUCAAAUACAAAAGUGCUUAUUAAAGCCUGAGACAAUAAGAUUGAAAAAUAUUUGCUAAAAAUCAAACAGUUCUAUUUAAAAGGAAAAACAUUCAGAUUUCUAACUUUUUGACAACUCAAAGAUAUAGACUAUUUUCAAUAGCAACUCAGAGAGCGAAAACUCAACUCAAGAGUCUACCAGAAAAAGUAGUGCUAAAUCAGUUUUAUUAAACAGCAAUAUUGACAAAAAUUUCACUUACUCAAAGAAAGAUUUACAUGCAAUUCAAUCUAACAUUGAUUUAUGUUAAAAAAACUCUAAGAAUGAUCAAUAAAAGCAUAUUAUAAACCAAAAUGAAGAAUCAAAUAUAUUAGUUAGUGAUUUAAUAGUUCCAAUUCAUAAUAGAGUAAAGACAGAGCAAUAACCACGCAAAAAAUAAAAUAUAAAUAGACCUAUAAGCAAUCAUUGCAGUAAUCUUUAGCAACAAAAUGGAGCAGCUUAUUGCGAUAAUUAAAUGAGACUCUUUCAUAAAGUCUCCAUAGAUGAAUCAAUUUAAUUAGACCAAUAAUAAACUACUUAGAAUUUUUAUAAAUCAUAGGUAAAUACUAACCAAGAAAUAAACCACAAAUCAUUUAAACAGUAUAACAUACCAGUGACUUUAAGAUCUCGUUCUCUAUAGAAGAGAUAGUUCAAUUCAAGGAAGACUUCUAAUGCUUCUACAAAUUCUAGAAAUAACAGCACUACAAUAAAUGAUACUUUGUUAUUUAAUAUUUACAAACCUCAUCAAGUACCAGAAAUAUAAUAAAAAAUAAAUGCUUAUAUACAAAGUUAAGAAGAAUAGCUAAAGAUAUAAUAUUCCUAGAAUUAAAAUUAUCAAAUAAAUGAUCAAUAAAACAAAUAUAUCAUCUAAUCCCCAUUAAAAAGUAAGAACUACCGAAAAUAUAAGCCCUAAUUUAAAUUAGAAACAUAAUCACUUAAUUCAAAAUCUAAUACUUUGAAUGAUAGCCAGCUAGGUAGUGUGCUAAUUCAUUCUAAUUUCUGA